GUGCUUUGACCUUCCUGCUAUUUAUUUUCUUGCAAUAAGCAAAAAAUAAAUAAAGAGGAAUUUUCUACUGAACUCGGGAUGUGGAUUGACCGACAGGCUCUUCAAGAUAAAAAGUAACGGCCAUAAAUCCUGUUUGCUCUCGAAAGAAAUAGGUUCGACUUCCACCAGAGAAGAAAAUUCUUCUUUCGCCAACUCAUCCUCCAUUAAUGUUUCCUUUAUUUCUUACACAGCACGCACGGCAGUGCUCGUGGAGCUAACCGGAUUGACGUUUCAAUGCGGUACAACAGCCGUUAGGGGAACAAUCACUGGCCGUAAUGACGAUGGCACGGAAUCGUCGCAGCGGCAUUAGGUCGAAUAGCUGAGGGGCCGUUGUCCUGAGGAUUUUUCUGCGAAGAAGCUUCCUAUCUAGGGAUAAGAUAUGUGGUUUAGAUAUUGACCGUCUCUUUUCAUCGAUUUCUUUUCAACGUUAAGAACACUGACCAUCUGUUUGCGACAUUGCUGGCGGUCUCAGCACUCGUAGACUCGAUCCCCGAGUUUACCGUGUCAGCCGCACGUCACGGCGGACCGGCCCGGGCCAAGGUGGGGGCGGAAUACACGCACGCGGAGACUUGGUGACCGGUGGGGCCGGAGCGGGGAGCGGAGAGCGAAGACACCGAGGAGCGCAAGCCACGGAAGAAGGGGGGAGUGGGCGUGCCGCUGCGGGAAGCCAGCUUACCGCCGCACGCGGCGCGGCCAUGUGAGAUGCCGGGCGGUGUUAUGAGACGCGUGUCGGCCGUGUCACAUGGCCGGCCCGCGUUCUGCCAACCAACGCGGGUCGGGUGCGCCUGGAAUAUUACUAGUCGCUUAACCGGAAAGGCCACGAGCAUAUGCAACGGACGCCAAAACAAACAAAGCGAUCGAAGGACGCCACGGCCGAAGGAAAGAAGCAGAAAAAGACAGCAGCUUUUUCUCCCGUCUACUUCGGUAGACAUCUGAGAUGGGGGUGGGGAUCGGAAUAGACUACGCAGACGGCACCUAAUCGCAUCGAAUUCCUUGUGUGUUGCAAAGAAUGAUGGAGAUCAUGCAUGCCAUGUGGAAACCACGGAAGUUCAAGUACAUCUACUUUCUAGCUACAGUGUACGUGUUCACUCUGACGCUACCGUCGGCGGCCGCGGUGUACUGGGCCUUCGGCGACCAACUUCUGACCCACUCCAAUGCGUUCUCGCUGCUGCCCAAGUCAGGGUGGAGGGACGCGGCGGUGAUUCUCAUGUUGAUCCACCAGUUCAUCACCUUCGGCUUCGCCUGCACCCCGCUCUACUUCGUGUGGGAGAAGGUGAUCGGAAUGCACGACACCGAGAGCAUCUGUAUGCGCUCCCUCGCCCGGCUUCCGGUCGUCAUCCCCAUCUGGUUCCUGGCCAUUAUAUUCCCAUUCUUUGGGCCCAUAAACUCCGCGGUGGGGGCUCUCCUCGUCAGCUUCACCGUCUAUAUCAUCCCCGCCAUGGCACACAUGCUCACCUAUCGCACCCCAUCGGCACGGCAGAACGCUGUGGAGAAGCUGCCAUUCUUUCUACCCAGCUGGACGGCGAUGUACGUGGUGAACGCCUUCGUGGUGGGGUGGGUGAUGGUGGCGGGCUUCGGUCUCGGCGGCUGGGCCAGCGUGAUCAACUUCGUCAAGCAGGUCGACACCUUCGGUCUCUUCGCCAAGUGCUACCAGUGCCCCAAACCGCAUCCUCAUCCUCCCGCUGCCUCUGGCCCGCCACCGCAGCUCCACUGACUCACAAAUCCGUCGAUUCCUGUUUUUGCUCGUCUCCUCCUCUUCUGUCACCUGUAACAUACAAAGAGAGGGCAAGGUUCCCCCAUCCA